AUGGCUGCUGGGCUGGCACUGUCUCUUGUGCCCAGCAACUGGCUGGUGGUGGUGCUGGUGCUGUUUUCAGGUCAGCCAGUGCCUGCAGCCAGAACAGAGGAGCUGUACCCAGAUCCCUCAGGAAGCCCUUGCUCCCGAAUCUGGCAGAGACCACGUUUCGUGGCCCGAAAACGGGGCUUCGUGGUGGAAGUGCAAUGCCACACACAAGGCUCAGGCACCGUGAAAUGGUUCUGGAAGCGAGAGAUGGGCCAGGAGGCCAAGGAGCUUUUCCAGGACACAGACCACAUCGUGCUGAGCCAGAACAGCACUGUCUCGGUCCUCACCAUCCGGGACAUCCAGUUCAAGGACAACGGCAUCUACUUCUGCCAGCAGACGUGCAAAGGGCCACCCGAAGUCGUCCACUGGGGCUGCGGCACUGAACUUCGCGUGAUGGGGUUCAGCUCGUUGGACCAGUUGAAGAAGCGGAACACGCUGAAAGACGGGAUCAUCAUGAUCCAGACCCUCCUCAUCAUCCUCUUCAUCAUCGUGCCCAUCUUCCUGCUGCUGGACAAGGAUGACAGCAAGACUGGAAUGGAAGAAGAUCACACCUAUGAGGGCCUGAACGUUGACCAGACGGCCACCUAUGAGGACAUAGUGACUCUGCGGACAGGAGAAGUGAAGUGGUCGGUGGGUGAGCACCCGGGCCAGGAGUGA